GAGGCAGUCCAGUCUACCAGGGAGGCGAUCGCGAACGAGGCCAAGCUGGUGGCGCGAGACAUGGCCGACCUGAAGGACGGCGUGCGGGAAGGCGUCCGCCUCACUGUGCAGGACACGUCUUCCCUCCGAGAGCGGCUCGGAAGGGACACUGAAACCUUGCGCAAG